AUGAAGAUGAGUAAAGUGGGAAAUCAAACAAAUUCACAAGAUCCACAAGCUGUGAACUCACGCGUGUUUGUUGGAAAUCUCAAUACUUUUCAAUGCAGUAAAACUGAUGUUGAACGUAUGUUUCAAAGAUACGGUCGACUAGCAGGUAUCUCUAUGCAUAAGGGGUAUGCAUUUGUUCAAUUUACAAACUCUUUUGAUGCCCGCAGUGCCUGUUUGGGAGAAGAUGGUAGAACUAUUUUGAGUCAAAUUCUUGAUGUGAAUUUAGUCGCAGAACCAAAACCUCAUCAAACAGGACGUAAACGGCAAAAUAUGGCUAAGACCGGAAACGAUUGGGAUUAUUACUACGAUAGCUACUGCACAUCCACGGCUUUUCCUUCGCGUUCGGUACCUCCACUGAAAAGACCGCGACUGAUGCCGACUACACGUUCUCAACAGCAACAACAACAACAACAGCAGCAGCAACAACAACAACAACAGCUAUAUCAACUAUAUUCUAAGCAAUCGAAAGUCUCAAUCAAUACUAUACAGGACUUUGGCCAAUUAAAAGUUUACAGCAAUCCCGACAUACUAAUUUGCGGCAAUUGUCGAGAAAUGUUCACGGAUCUCGGAGAGCUAUUUGAACAUAAGCGAGAAUACUGCAAGCUGCGGUUUACUUGUAAAUGUCACACAUUCAAUGGUACCACUUCAAGAAAUUCAACAACUGUAUUACUGUGUGUCUUAUGUAAGGAUGCUUUUGCAUCUGCAUGGGAACUAAUGGUUCAUGCUCAGGCAGUCCAUAUGAUUAAUAUUUAUGAACUAGGCUCCAAGUCAGAUACAACAUAUUCACGAAAUUUAAGCCAAAAUAAUACUGAAUCUUCAGGAUCACCUAUUUCACAAGAUCAGGAGAAUAAGGAAUCAGAAGUUGAGCAUAUAGAAGAGGAGGAACUAGAUAGUCAUGUGCCACCAUCACCAGAUAGUGGGAAAUCAACUGAUAAUGAAAACGCUUUAUCACCUAUUAAAAUUCGAUCAGAGCUAAAUGGAUCGAAUCACGAAGACUGUGAUGAGCUCAUUGUAAAGGAUAAAAAUUCUAGUCAACCACAUUUUAAUUGUCAUCCUAUCGCUAUUGAAUCUACUGUUGAGCUGAAUGCUAGUAUAAACAAAUCAUUAAGUAAUUCAAGCGAAGACCUUCAUACACCUCUAACUAACGGCUCUAUUUCUGCAAAGGAAUAAACUUAUAGUUCUUUAAAGUUUAGUUCAGUACAUGUUGAUAAUCAAAGGAAGAAGCAGUAAAUACAGCAAAAUAAAUGCAAAUACGUAUAUAU